UUUAAAUUAAUAGACACAAUAAAUUUAAAUAUCGUUGAUACCUACCAAGCUAACGGAUAUUUAAUUACUAUGCCUAUUUGUCAUAGGUAGUUGAAAACUUUUAAUGAAGUGUACUGUAAUGUAAAGAAAGAGAAAAAACAAAAACAUGUUGCUGUUUGUGAUCUCUCUUCUUUCCGCGCAAUCCGCUUUAGCUGCCAUCGAUUCACCAAACGUAGCAUUUAAAUGGAAACAAGUCGAUUUUGACUAUCCAACAACUCAAGAUAGAUGGGAUGCAACGAAUUCAAAACAGUUCAUUCCAGAAAAUAAUAUACCGUUAGGAUUAGAAGUUUACGGAGACAGAAUAUUUAUCACGGUGCCAAGAUGGAAAGAAGGAGUAGCUGCCUCUUUAGUUUACAUAAAUAAGACAGAUCGACAAGAUUCGCCGAUACUUCACCCAUAUCCAAACUGGGAAGCCCACAAUCAAAAUGUACCAGAUCCCCAGAUCGUCUCACCAUUUCGAAUGCGUGCUGACAACUGUGGUCGCCUCUGGGUCAUGGAUACAGGAAAAACCAAUAUUUUGAAUUCAUCCUCGCCCGUAGUAAAACCAAAAUUGCUAAUUUUCAACUUGAAUACUGAUAAAUUGAUCCGUUCGUACACAAUUCCAGAUGACCAGUUGCACGAGGAUAACUUUUUUGCCAAUAUAGCUGUUGAGGAGAGUGAUGAUUGUGAUAAUAACUUCGCAUACUUGGCAGACUUGGGACAGCCUGCUUUGGUCGUUUACGAUUUCAAGAAUAACAAAUCGUGGAUGUUUAAACACCAUUAUUUCAAUAUUGAUCCUCUUGCUGGAAAUAUGAAACUAGCUGGGUUAUCCUUCCAAUGGAAAGAUGGCAUUUUUGGUUUAUCACUAUCAGACAAAGAUGCAGAAGGCUACAGUACCUUAUACUUCCAUCCAAUGACAAGUUUCAAUGAAUUUAACGUGAGCACUAAAGUUCUAAAAAAUGAAACCUUAUCCAAAAAUCCACAAGAAGCCAAGGACUUCUUCAAAUUACUCGGAACCAGAGGACAAAGAAGCCAAAGCGGUGCUUCAUUUCUCCAUAAGAAAACUGGUGUUUUAUUCUAUUCUUUGGUGCAGUUAAACGCAGUACUUUGUUGGAGAACGUCUCUUUCAAAUUACACCAUGGAGUCUCAAGGCAGAGUAUUCAUGAACGAUGAAGUCAUGGUAUUUCCUAAUGACAUCAAAGUAGACGCUAAUGAUAUAUUAUGGGUUUUAACCGAUAAACUACCUAUUUUCUUGUACGAUUACCCGAAUUUUCGCGAAUAUAACUUCCAUAUUAUAAACGCCACUGUUAAGGAAGCCAUUAAGGGAACACCUUGUGAUACUAAAAUACACGUGGAUAUGAAUAUUAUGAAAAAUAUCACCGGUGCUGGUGGAGUAAUGGUCAGAUCUGAAGUUUAUUUGUUAAGUCUAAUAUUUUUGGUUAUAGCAGCCGCUGUUUAGAAAGGGUACUUACAAAUAUUUUUGAUAGGAGAGGAAAAUCUAAAUAUUUUUAUAGUUCAGGAGCAUUAGUAGGUACCCCAAUGAAAAAUACCAGUUUUAGGUUUGUAAUU